CUGGGCCCACCCCUCUCCGACCACCAUGGGCAAACCCCGCCGCCCUGCCUCCGACGCGCCGCCGCCGCCGCCGGCGUCGGACCUGGAGGUGGGCUUCGCGAAGCUUCAGGGCGAGGGCUUCGAGUACUACAUGCAGUCAUACUCCAUCGUCCUCGGCCGCCACAGCCGCAGGAGGAACCAGCCCGGCGGAGACGCGGGCGGGGGCGGGGGCGAGGCGGCCGCGCCGGACGACGUGGACGUCGACCUCGGCAUCCUCGGCGGGGGCAUGAACGUGUCCCGCCGCCACGCCCGCAUCUUCUACGACUUCGCGCGCCGCCGGUUCGCGCUCGAGGUGCUCGGCAAGAACGGCUGCCUCGUCGAGGGCGUCCUCCACCUCCCCGGGGAGCCGCCCGUCAAGCUCGACUCGCAGGACCUCCUCCAGAUGGGGGACGCGCAGUUCUACUUCCUCCUCCCCACACGCUCCAUCUUCGCCAGCGAGGCCGCCCGCCGCGCCGCCGCCGUUCCGCGCGUGCCCCCGCCGCCUCCCUCCGACGACGACGACGACGAGGGGGAGGGUGAUGGGGAGGAAGAACGGGAAGAGGUAGCGACGGCGAAGCGGCUGAGGAGCGGAGACGCUGGGGCUCUCGCUGGAAGGAAGUCUGAGAAAGGAUCAAAAGGUUACAGACAAGCAGAUGACCUACAACUCUUGCAGCUGGAAGAGAAAGAUGUUAUCUCAUCAACAGCUACUGUCUUAUCUGAUCUCUGUGGACCUCAGGAAUGGGUGCCUAUGGACAAGCUUCAUGAAGUGAUGUUUGAGAAAUAUGGUGACUUGUGGCACCACAACAGGGUGCGUAAAUAUUUGACAUCAGAAGACCUGCCCGAGAGCGAAACUGGAGGUAGACCGUGGCAUGGGCUUUCCGUGCUGCUAAGAAAGUACCCUGAGCAUUUUGUGAUAAACAUCAGAAUGGCAGGGGGGCAGAGCGUUGAGUUUGUCUCUCUGGUUUCACUGCAACCUUGACUAGUUCGCAGUGAUUUCAUCCUUUGAAUGACAAGCUUGGAACGUGUUUUCGCAGCUGUUGCAAAAGAGUAAACUGAAGCUAGCAAAAGGGUAGAAAAGAAUCCUACAAGAUUUUGUUUUUGUUCUGUCGUUUAUACUUUAGACUGGUAAAUACAUAGUGUAGAGCAAUUACCUGUGCAUUAUCAACAUGCGAAAGUUUUACCUUUCCUU